GAAAAAAAUAUAUACGUAUAUCUGGAUCAUAUCUCAGAGUCACUGAGGCUGCCAGCAUUCGGCACCGUCUGAAAUGAGAUGUAAGACUGUGUUUUUGGGUGGUGUUUUUUUUCCACACGUGUAUUUUUAAAGGCUGUUAGCUGCAGGUCUCGGCACCAGCUGACGUUAAUCGGAAGCUCCAGUUCCAACUCACUGGUGUAGCACUCGUGCCCUGCAGCACCGAUGGCCACUGCUUCACGUUCUCCCUUCCUCGCUGCUCUUUUCAGCCACUGUCACAUACAACGCCGCUUUGCCGCGUUUCAGGAAAAUCUCAAGGGCUAAAUAUGGCAAUGAGCUCUCCGAUGCAGUUGUGAUUUAACCCCCCUCAGUGCUGCAGCUUUAGGUAAACGCUGACAGACGCGACUGAGCCACCCCGUGCAAAAGCCUCUCCAGGCGCAGAACAGCAGCUCUCACCACGAGUACAAAGAGAGGAGAUUGCCAAGUGAGCAAAACGAGAGAAAUCUUGCACACCCACACAACUCGAGGUAGCUGUUGAGUCCGUACAAUGGAAAAAGCCCAUACUCCUAUUACCCAGCCCACCUGUUAAAAUGGCGCUUCGUGCUCCUACUCCAGGCAGGUAGAUCUUAUUAAACGCUUGUGGGUUUUUUUUUUCCUUUUUCUUUUCUUUUCUUUUUUUUUUUUAACCGCAGCUCAGCAGGAAAACACACACACCGAGAACACCGUUGAAGACGGUGUUGUUUUAGGCAAGCACAGAAAACUAUGCGAAAAGAUGAAUUUAACGCCCUUAGGCUGAAACGCGAUGAGGGAAAAAUGAUAGUUCCACACCCUCACGGAGGGCACAACGCUGUAGGGAGCGGGAAUUGCGCUCGCAGAGGCACUGCCGUCAGGCGGGGCCGCGUACAGUCGGUGACAGCGGCAGCCCGGGGCGCUCAGCAUCCCUCGGCAGCGCGGCGCGGGGACCGACAGGUCACCGCUCGCAACUUCCCUCCCGCGGCACCGCGGCACCUGAACACCGCUCGCGAUAACCUCUCCGUACACCAACGGAUUUCCCAACCGUCCUCCCACGGCCGAAGCGAGAAGUUGUGCGGCUCUGCCCGCGCACCUCUCCCCGCCCCGCGCGCGGAGGCGGCCCCCAGCCGCAGCCCCCAGCCGCAGCCCCGCCGCUCCCCCCGCACGCAGCACGGCUCCGGGGUGCCGCCUGCCGCAGCGACGGCGGCGGGGGGCCCUCGCGGCUCUUCCCGCCGCGCCCAGAGGCGGCCUUCGCGGGGGCUGCCCUCUCCGCCCCCGCCCACCUACCUGAGGGCAGCCGGCAUCCAUCCGCGCAGCGGCGCGCAGCCGGGGGCACCGCGCGCAGCCUCCCGCCCUCCCUCGGACGAGGAUCCCCGCAGGAUCUCCUCACACGAAAGCACAGCCCCAGCCCGGCCGCUACCGCGAGGGAUCGCGCCCACAGCCGGAGCCCGGCGGCCGCGAAGAGGGAGGGGUGGGCACCCGGUGACAGGUGCAGCUCCAUGAGCAGAGGUGUUCAGGAGUGCACUUGAUGCCUUCCAGCCAGGUGGGUGCUCAGUGGAACCCAGCGAGGACAAGUCCAGUAACAGGAUGUGGUCAGCUAGGACAUCAGGCCCGUGGACCAACUACUGGAUUCUCCAAAUCUCCCACCAGGCCUCGUUGUCAAAGCCUCGGUGAUUUGUUAUUCAGAAGGAGAAGCCCUGCUGUAGCCUCCUAAGGAGAUGAUUCGUGGUUGGUGGCAGGCAGUCAAACUGAACGUCUGAAAUACAUGCUCACAAGUCUGCCAAAAUUCCCAGUUUAUGGUUAGAUCUUCCCACAGUACUGUGUCAGGAGUGUAUCACGUCAUCCUUAGCUGGAAGAAUAACUUGAAGGGAAUUUAAGUAGAGAUGUGCUGCUGUAGUCUGAAGAGUGGUAAAUGUGCUACCGGUGUUCGUACUCCACAUAUAGUCAAUGGCUUUUGCAGUCCUCAGUUGGUCCCCUCUGCCUGUACUGAUUCAAAGACAGAAUAGAAUCAUAGAAUCAGAAUGAUUAAGGUUGGAAAAGACCUCUAGGAUCAUCUACUCCAACCACCAACCCAUCACACCAUGCCCACUAACCAUGUCCCUCAGUGCCACAUCCACACGUUUCUUGAACACAUCCAAGAAUGGUGACUCCACCACCUCCCUGGGCAGCCUGUGCCACUGCAUCACCACUCUUUCAGAGAAGAAAUUCUUCCUAAUAUCCAACAUGAACCUUCCCUGGUGGAGUAGCACGAUUAGUUAAAAAUUAAUAUAAACGACUGGGUAAUGCUUAAAUGCUUAAAAAUAACAAAAUGAAUAUCCGGUAACAUAUGCUUGCAAUUAAAAAGAUUUUUUUUUUUAUCAGCAUCUCUUGUCAUUCUAAUAUGAGUCCAGAUUGUAAGUGAUGUAGUACAUCACUUGAAUUCCUGUGAGAACACAUUGAUAGAAACAUUACUGUGACAAAAUCUGAGCAGAGCACUGUGGAUUUUUGUUAUAAUUUCACAAAAAAUGUUCUUUUCCUACAGUGUUUCUCACAAGUAACCACAGUUUCACACACUAACAUGACAUGGUUACUAUUUUUACUGAGAUCUGCCUUGUUUUGGAUGUUUCUCAUAAUACACAAUGUGACAGAGAAAAGAGAACAUUUUAUAAUAAAAUUUAAUCUUGAGAUUUGGUUUAAUAAGAACAGCAGUGCAUAAUCUUACCUAUCUGAUGUCAAAUAUCAUAGCCCACUUGUCUUCUGAGUUUCUUCAAUAUACACAGUAAUAUUGUUCUCCUUAUCUUGUGGUUAUAACAGAAAUGUCAAAGUACAACAGAACUUUGUUUAUUGUCUUCAAAAGUUUUAGGCUAUCCUUCAGCUAAAAAGAUGGAAUUUUCCAAGAUUAACCCUUGGAAAUCAGGCACGGGUGUGGAGGUCAACCCCAUCUUCACCAAUGCGCGCAUCAUGUCUAAAACGGAUUUUGUUCUGAGAAGCUAGGCUAGGCUCUACCAAGUCUAAAUCUUUAGAUUUUAUAUUUAUAUUAGUCUGGUCUUUAGAUUAGAUGUUGGGGGGAAAUUUUCACUCAGUGGGUGGUGAGGCGCUGGCACAGC